GAUGUAACUGGUAUGUCUAAUUUUUAGAACAUGGAUAACGAAGAAGUUCCGAUUAAAACUAUUGGCGGAUGGGUGAUAAUUGUCACCGGGGUACACCCCGAAGCCCAGGAGGAAGAUAUUCGUGACGCCUUCGAGGGCUUUGGCCAAAUUACAAGUAUACACCUAAACAUGGACCGACGUAGCGGAUAUGCUAAGGGCUACGCCUUUAUAGAGUUCAGUGAACAACAGGAGGCGCGCAGCGCCAUUACAGAAAUGAAUGGACACCAAAUAUUAGGCCAAGAGGUGGCCGUGGCAUGGGCAUUCAAGGAUGUGGGCUCCAAUCAGUGAAGUACAUUAUAGCGCAAUAUCGCAA